AGGAAGUCAUCGAUAGUACGGCCCAGAACAUCACGGCCCCACGUAUCGAUGGCAGAUGCAUCGAUGUUUUUUAACAUCACUAAUCACUAGUAGCGACAGUUUUUGCAUAAAAUACAAUUAAAUAAUAAAGGGCCAUCGCCGAAGCUGCAAAAACCAGGUUUUAUACUGCUACAAUUGCUGAAGAAUCUAGUUUAGGUGCCACUCGAAAACAAUACCGCAAAGUGUUACGCGAAAGCACAGAAGAGCCCCAAAAAAUCAGCCCAAAAGUGAAAGCCCCCAGAAAAAGCAAAGUACAAAAGAGCGAAAGGAAGAGCCAGAGAGAAAACGAAAGAGAGAGCAAAGAGCAUUGAAAAGAGUCUGGGCGAGAGAAAAACGAUUUUUUCAACUCCGCGAAUCCUUGGUCAUAUUCCGUGUGCAAAUCCUGCAGGUUGAGCGGGAAUUUAAAAGGAUAAGACCAGGAACAAAACGCCGUCAAGAUUCUCGGUCCCAUCUACAGCGGUAUCCAAAUCCAGAGCCACGGCCACCAGGACGCAGAAUCCACCUACAGCACCUACAGCACUCCACUAGCCGCCACCACGCUCCACAAACAGCCAGCAGCCAUCAUGUUCGUCAACUCCAUGACGUUCCGCGGCAAUCCGGCGAACUACCACCAGCAGCAGCCGGCCCUGAACCACCACACGCUGGCAGCGGCGCACCAUCAGCAGCAGCUGCACCACCACGCCGCCGCUGCCGGGCACCUGAGCCACGUCGGCGGCGGCCACGCAGCCAGUAACCACCUGGCGGCCGCCGCUGUUCUCGGACGGCAUGGCCACAACUCCCUGGGCAGCGGGCACACGUCCAAUUCCUCGCACUCGGCCAAUGUGGGCGUGGGAGUCGGCGGGGGUGCUCUGGCUAGUGGCUCCACCGGGGGCAGCGGAGGCAACAGCUCUCCAGACAGUGGCAAGAUUUAUAUCAAGAACCUGGAGAGGUCCAUCGACAACAAGGCGGUGUACGACACGUUCUCGGUGUUCGGAAACAUCCUGAACUGCAAUGUGGCCAAGGACGAGGAUGGCAAUUCGCGCGGCUAUGGGUUUGUGCAUUUCGAUUCGGAGGAGGCCGCCCGAGCGGCCAUCGAGAAGGUUAAUGGGAUGCUGUGCAAUAAUCAGAAGGUGCAUGUGGUCAAGUUCAUACCACGGCGGGACCGGGAGCAGGAGAAGGCCACGCACUUCAAGAAUCUGUAUGUAAAGAACCUCAGCGAGGAGUUCACCGAGCAGCAUUUGCGCGAGAUGUUUGAGCCCUACGGCCGCAUCACCAGUCACAAGCUCAUGCUGGACGAGGAGGGGCGCUCCCGGCGUUUCGGUUUCGUGGCGUACGAGAACCCACAGUCGGCGCUGGCCGCCGUAAUUGGCCUGCACGGCAAGCAGCUGGGCGACAACAAGUUUUUGUACGUGGCAAGAGCCCUCAGCAAGGCCGAGCGGCAGCAGGAGAUCAAUCGCAAGCUGGAGGAGCGCAAGCGCCAGAAGGCUGGCCAGAUAUUCUACUACUAAGGCGGCGGGGGCGGUGGCGGCGGCGGAGGCAGCUGAUCCAAGGACAUCGCUAGGAGUUGACUCGGAACCCACACACAUACAAUACACACCCAUAUAUAAACCUAUAUAGAUAUUUACGAGAAAUUGUAUCGAGCAGCUAGGCGGACAUCAGGCAGCAGAAGAGCGGGAUGCAGAUCCUGCGCAUAUACACUUAGAUGUAGGCAAAAGUCUUGCAACACAGUUGAAAUUUAUAGAAAAACACAGGGCAGAAACAAAGGGAGAGGCAGAAGAGGAGCUCUCAAUCGAAAGGAUUUUCUAGGCAUUAGGACAACAGUUUCUUAGCACUCACUAGCGUUUUUUUGGAAUUAGAUGUUUGUCUUUACUGUUGAAUUUAGUGGGCAGAGGCUUUGCUGUCAGCUUCUCGCCUAAAGAACACAUUGCGUACACGUAUUUCGAAAUGUAUUUACCCACACCAGGCCAACAUUCACACUGGCCCCUUGGCAUUAAGUCUAGAUCGUGCGAUCGCAACUAGAGCUACGCCCAGCAAGCCCUGGGCAACAUAUGAAUAUUUACACUUACCUAAUAUAUAUUAAAACAAAACUAAACCAAGAAACAAAACAAAACAAAACAAAAAAAAACAAAAAACUAAAUCGAAAAACGGAAAAAAAUGCAAUUGAUGUAACCCCUAUUAACAAGUGAAGCACCCACUCCACGUAUAUACAUAAACAUAUACAUAUAUCUAAAGUAAACCCACACGCUGUAGUUAAAAAGCGUUUAUAAUACUCACACACCCUACGCUAUAACUAAUACUUUUGACGAGGAAAUCAAGUGCAACCAUUGCGAAAGCGAACCUACACGUAAUUUAUAUAGUAGACGCAGAUUAGGUGGACGAGGAUUAUGUCGGAGCUGGAAAGCUGGAGAGAUCGGAUAUGGAAGUAGCAGGGGCCCAGCGCCACUCCUGCGGACAGUACAUGAGUAUUAAAAUUUUAGCAAUUACAAGACAUUUUUGUAAUUAUUGUACAUUGUUUCAAGUAGCAGAAACUAAAGUGAAACCACAAACAGGACCGCAGACAGUAACGACCGUAAUGUAACGCGAACAAAAAGAAAACUAAUUGAAUGUAACCAAUCCAAGAAGUGUACACAGUGCAAUGUUUGAGAUCUUUUAGAAUAUGAAUAUUAUUAUGGCUACAAGGCACGAAGAAAUCGCAUGAUCGAAUAAUUCAAAACACUCUGUAGGCAGGCGUGUGAACCGAAAUGAAAGCAAAUACAUAAAUAAUUUAAGA